UCUCACCUGCUCCCUACUGCCGCUUCUGCAUAUCAUCCCACGCUACCGACCAUAUCCUAUCCGUGGUUCUCCCUCUCUCUCCCUCUCCUUCACACCCCCUAGAUCACAAUGGCUCCUCAUCUUGAUGCGCCACCUGCCGGCAGCUAUACGUCUGGCUUCAACAGGGGCACCAGGCAUCCUACCGGCUCGUCGACAACCCGUGUACCCUCCAACAACAACAAUCUUAUGCCGGUCGAUUCCGAUUCGUCACUGAGCAGCUCUUUCGAGAGCAAUACGAUGGACGGUGACUGGCAUCUCAGCCGGCCGCUGGUCCCUGGCGUUUAUGUUCCCACGAUGUGCUUUUUUGAAGAAGAUACCGAGGACAUCGACGUGGCUACCGUAGCAAGUCAUGCGGUGCGCCUGGCUCGUGCAGGCGUGACAGGGCUUGCAACCCAAGGUUCCAAUGGAGAGGCUGUCCAUCUUACCCACACCGAGAGGUCGCUGGUCACAGCUACCACGCGCAAGGCCUUGAACGAUGCUGGGUUCUCUUCCAUGCCCAUCAUUGUGGGCUGUGGAAGCCAGAGCGUACGAGAGACUGUGCAGCUCUGCACUGAGGCCUGGGAAGCAGGGGGUGACUACGCACUGGUUCUGCCUCCUGCCUACUAUUCGUCUCUCUUCGCUCCAUCAUCAGGGACCAUCUUUGACUUCUUCCACGCCGUGGCCGACGCUUCCCCCAUUCCCAUCAUCAUCUACAACUUUCCGGGUGCCGUUGGUGGGCUGGACCUCUCAUCUGAUGUCAUCACCAAGUUGGCAGAACACCCCAACAUCGUGGGCGUCAAGCUCACCUGCGGCAACACGGGCAAGCUGGCACGAGUGGCUGCCGCCACUAAAAAGCUGAGCAAGAAUUACAACCCUCAGCGACCCGACUUCCUUGUUCUUGCCGGAUCCGCCGACUUCACAAUCCAAUCUCUCGUCGCCGGUGGUCACGGCAUCCUGGCAGGCCUGGCCAACAUCUCUCCCAAGGCCUGCAUUAGGACAAUGCAGCUCUUCCACUCUGGCAGCCUUGCUGAAGCCCAGGAGAUGCAGGCGGUGGUGGCUGCAGGAGACUGGGCCGCCAUCCAAAGCGGCGUCGUGGGCACCAAGGAAGGCCUGCGCGUAUGGAGUGGGUAUGGUGGAUAUUGCAGAAGCCCGCUCCCCAAGCCGACUUCUGAGCAGUCCCAGAAGUGUAAGGAAGGCUUCAGAGAUCUCGUGCUGCUCGAGAAGAGUCUGUGAUCUUGUCAUCACGGAAUGCUUCCGGACAGACACGCACACAUUCAAAAGUGAGCCGUGGUAAAUCCCAUGGUUUGUUGACUUGCCGUUGGUCAUUUGAGACGGACCAUUCGGCGAAUUCCCAAAUUUCCUAUCAUUUCCCUAUUCCGCUACAGACUCUCGGAAAUUCUCUGAUUAUGAAACAUAAUGAUGACUGUCUCGCACCAGGGUUGAGGUACAUGCUUUGGGGAAAAGCUUUGUACUGUACUAGAAUGGUUGUACCAGGCGUCUCAGGAGCUCUUUGAAUUGAAAUAAUAGUACCCAGUUAAAAAUCCCAAUAUAUUAUAUUGCCU